AUGAACUUGUGGGCCGAAUCGGAUUGUGCGCGCUGGCUUGCUGCCAAGCCUCAUGGCUCGGUGGUGUACGUUUCUUUUGGGAGCUUCUCGCACACCAAUCAAGAUAUGAUCAAGAUGAUUGCUAACGGGCUCGUGCUAAGCGGGCUCGAUUUCGUUUGGGCUUUGAGGCCCGAGUGUGUGAGCUCGGAAGCUUUGCCCGAUGGGUUUUGGGAGAGUGUUGGGAGUAGAGGUUUGAUUGUGCCGUGGUGCAAACAAAAGGCGGUUCUGUCGAAUUCUGCCGUCGGGGGGUUCUUGACGCACUGCGGGUGGAACUCGAUAGUGGAGAGCAUUUGGGCCGGCGUGCCUUUGAUUUGCUUCCCUUCAGUCGGUGAUCAAAUCACGAACCGGAAAAUGGUGGUGGAUGAUUGGGGAAUCGGAAUCGAUCUUUUCGGUGCGAAAAGUGUUGCUUCGUGUGAGGAAGUUGCGGAGAAGAUUAACGCGUUGAUGAGCGGAGAUUCGUGUGACGAGUUGAGGAGGAAUAUCGAACGAGUUAAGAAGAAGUUAGAGAAUGCGAUGACGAGCAAUGGAUCGUCGCGAAUGAAUUUCGAUAAAUUUGUGGAGGAUUUGAAAGCCAAAAUGGAGAGUUGUAAUAGUGAGUUUAAGCCAUAUUGA